UACUGCCUUAUCCUUGGUGAGCUUUUCCAAACAGCAGCAAUGGCGGCAUUCCGUCUCGUGUAUUUACCUCCGGCGGCCUCUCGUAUCGCCCGCGCCCAUCAUUUACUUCUCCCUUCUUCCCCGCUGUCCAAUCCUUCUAUUCUUUCCUUCUCCAGCGGCAAGCGUCAGAGGUCCAAUUUACAGUUAGUGCUCGCUACGGCACAACCGCAAGCUCAGGCAUCGAUUGAAUCCCCCUCGGAGGAAGACGAAUCUUCUAAUGCCAGGGUGCUCGUCCAGAAUGUUCCGUGGACGUCCACUGUGGACGACCUUCGCCCCUUGUUCGAGAAAUACGGCACAGUUGUUGAGAUUGAGUUUUCGAUGUACAACAAAACGAGAAAUAGAGGUCUCGCCUUUGUGUCAAUGAGCUCGCACGAAGAAGCUCUGGCCGUUCUCAACAAUCUGGAAUCCACAGAAUUUCAGGGUAGGGUUUUGAAGCUCAAUUGGGCAAAACCUAAGAAGGAAAAGCCACAGCCGCCACAGGCCAAGCCAUUGCCAGUUCACAAUUUGUUCGUGGCAAAUUUGCCGUUUCAGGCUAGGGCAAAAGACCUCAAGGAAUUCUUCAACACCAACAAUGGCAAUGUCGUUUCUGCCGAGAUCAUAUACAACCAGAACAGGCAAUCCGCCGGAUAUGGCUUCGUUUCCUUUAACACUAAGGCCGAAGCAGAUGCAGCACUUGCUGCUUUCCCAGGAAAGGAGUUCAUGGGAAGAUCACUUCGUGUAGCACGGAGUAGAAGGUUUUUGAGAGAGGAGACGAAAUCUACAAUUCAAUCAGAGAGUGAUAAACCAACUUGAAUUCUUGUAAGCUGCUAAAGAGGGAAUUCUGUUCGGCUCCGAGUAGAUCACUAUAGCUUGGUGAGUUGACAUAUAUCUGCAUUUUGUGAAGAUGUGUUGAUUCUUUCCCUAUUUAAAUGCAAAUCUUCGAUAUAGUUAAAUAGAAGCUGUUUACUAGUGCUAAUAUUUUUUGCCAUGUUCUCUCUGUUUACCUUCUUUUGUGGGCACUUAUAGAGCUAUUAAAUCCUCUUUAAGUUAUGGUUCUAUACUGUGAGCUCUCACCAUCAGCAUAAUAGCCCAGUUUUACCUUCUUUGCUGUGUUUUUCUGUCUUAGAAUUCUAAUCUGAGGGAUUAGUUUAGGCAAAUAUUCAAUCUUUAAUAGAAAAAAUGAAAUUGUAGAGAAAUAAUAAUAGAGAAUAAAAUUGCAAAGAAAGAGAAUCAAUUCUUUUAUUUGGUAAAAUAGAGGAUUCGGCUGAAAAUUUUAAUAUAGAAAUGUAGGAGUAUGGAUGAAUUGAUCUUGCAGUGAUAUAUUGUGUUCUAGUGGAGCGAAAAAGAGAAAAUGAAUCAAUUAGUAGGAGACGAUGAUUGGGUGAGUUUUAUUAGAGUGGAAAUCCGCAGAGAAAUAUGAUUUGUUUAGUUGGUGAUUUUUAUUGUUUAUAUUUUGGUUUCGAUUUGAAUAGUUUGGAUAUGAUGUGUGUUAGAUAUUUUGGGAAAAAAUAAUGAGAUUGUGUUAUUGAUCAUCAAAAUAAGAAGCCUAUAUAUAGGCAAUAUAAAACAGACUCGAUAGACUCAAAUCUAAGUAAUCUAAUCUAAUGGAUAUGACCAAAUCUAAAUCUAAAUCUAACAAAUCUAAAACUAAAUAUCUAAAAUAUCUCAACAACAUUAUAACUCAUCAAUUCUUUGACACUCCCCCUCAAGCUGAGGAAUAGAUGUCUUCCGUUCCCAGCUUGGAUACAAGAUCAUGGAAACUCGAACUGUUCAGCCCCUUUGUUAGAACAUCGGCUAAUUGUCUCUCUGAUGGAACAUAGGACAUACAUACUAACCCUUCCUCCAGUUUUUCUUUGAUGAAAUGUCUAUCAAUUUCAAUAUGCUUUGUCCUAUCAUGUUGUAUAGGAUUAUGAGCUAUAUUAAUAGCUGACUUAUUGUCACAGUAAAGCUUCAUAGGACCCUCCCAUUUGACUCUCAAAUCAUCUAAAAUGAUCCUCAGCCAAAGUAAUUCUGCUGAUGACCUUGCCACUACAUUCUGCUUCUUGCUCCUCCAUGUCACUAGGUUACCUCCAAGGAAAGUACAAUACCCUGCAGUUGAUCUUCUAUCCACUAGGGAGCCAGCAUAGUCAGCAUCGGUGUAGGCUUCCAAAGUAAGAGUGUCAUUCCUUUUGAACAAGAUUCCUUUCCCUGGAUUGCCUUUUAAGUAGUGCAGUACCCUGCAUGAAUUGGCUGAUCAGACUUACAGAAUAUGCUAUGUUUGGUCGAGUGUGAGCAAGGUAUAUAAGUCUGCCAACCAACCUCUGGUACAUUCUUUUAUCCACAGCUGGUUCUUCUUUAGCUUCUCCCAAUUUAUAGUUUGGAUCUAUUGGAGUAGAAAUCGGCUUACACCCAAUCUUCCCUGUUUCUGCCAAUAAAUCAAGCACGUACUUCUGUUGAGAUAUGAAGAUCCCUUGUCUGGAAUAUGCCACCUCAAUACCGAGGAAAUACUUCAAUUUCCUUAGUUCUUUUAUUUCAAAUUCUUUCAUUAGUUUCAGCUUUAAUUCGUGCUUCUCUUUCUCAUCAUUUCCAGUUAUUAUGAUGUCGUCCACAUAGACUAAAAGAGCAGUCACUCCCCCUACAGCUGAAUGCUUAAUGAAAAGCGUGUGGUCACCUUGGCUUUGUUUGUACCCAAAUUCCUUCAUGACUUUUGCAAAUCUACCCAACCAUGCUCUAGGAGAUUGUUUUAACCCAUAAAGGGCUUUUUUUAGUUGCACACCUUGUUACCAGUGUCCCCUUCAAAUCCUGGUGGAAUGUUCACGUAGAUUUCCUCGUUUAAGUCACCAUGGAGGAAUGCGUUCUUAACAUCAUAUUGUAGCAGUUGCCAAUUAAAGUGAGCAGCCAAUGAUAACAAAAUUCUUACUGUGUUCAUUUUUGCAACUGGAGCAAAUGUUUCUUGAUAAUCCACCCCAUAAGUUUGAGUGUAUCCUUUGGCUACUAACCUUUGCUUUAUAUCUUUCAAGGGAUCCAUCAGCCUUGUACUUCAAUGUAAAUAUCCAUUUGCAAUCAACAAUGUUUUCUCCCUUUGGUUUAUCAACGAUCUCCCAUGUUUUAUUCUUCUCUAAUGCAUUCAUCUCUUCUCUCAUAGCAUCCCUCCAUUCCCUUUUUGACAAUGCCUCAGACACAUUGUGAGGAAUGGCAAUGGUGUUCAAACUCAUAAUGAAUCCCUUUUGGGCUGGCGAUAGACGCUUAAAAGAGACAUAGUGAGAUAGAGGAUAGAGUGGUCGUUUAGUGCAUUCUCUCGUUUCUUUUCUAACAGCAAUGGGAAGAUCUAGAACAGUAGUUGAAUCAAUGGACUGUUCAACAGAUUGUGUGUGUAAAGGUGGAUAUGAUCUUACCAUGAUUUUUUUCUCAGAAUUUGGAUUGGAUUCUUGGACUUGUGUCAGUUCAGGAACGGUCUUUCUCCUUGAAUACACCUGAGGAAACUUUGGAAAAUUGUGAGUGAUGCUGGUUGGAGAAGGAGAUGAUAUGGGUUCAGCGACAGGAUUGGGUGACUCAGAUGUGACUGGUUCAUAGGACUCAGGUUCAACCGGAACAUAAGGAGGGUUUUGUUCUGAGUGAUUGCGGGGUGGCACAUGCGGAAGGUCAAGGGUUUUAAGUGGUUCGAAAGACUCACAAGACUCAAAGGUACUAUCUUCCAUCAUUGAAAUCUCCCCCUGAAGAGAGGACUUGAAAAAAGAUCUAUUUUCUGUGAAAGUGACAUCCGCAGAGAUGUAAAAUUUUUUGGUCAAGGGGUUGUAACAUUUGUAUCCCUUUUGAGUGGAUGAGUAACCGAGGAAAACACAUUUGAUGGCUCUAGGGUCUAGCUUCCCUCUAUGUUGUUUGUGGACAUGAACAAAGGCGGUACACCCAAAUACCCUAGGAGUGAGGCCAUUUGAGGUUCUGAAGUGAGGGUAAAAGCUAUGAAGGGCCUCUACGGGGCUUUUGUUUUCUAACACAUGCGAGGGAAGUCUAUUUAUCAUAUAUGUGGCAGUAAGAACGGCUUCUCCCCGAUAGGACUUAGGAACAUUCCCUUGAAACAGUAAGGCUCGGGUGGUGUUGAGUAAAUGCCUAUUCUUUCUUUCAGCUACCCCAUUUUGUUGGGGUGUCUCCACACAUGAUGAAUCAUGGAUAAUCCCCUGUGAUUGAAAGUAAGGUGACAGAAUCUGAUUGAAAUAAUCUCUAGCAUUGUCUGUCCUAAAGCUUUUUAUUUUGACCCCAAAUUGAUUUUGAACCAUUGAAUGAAAAUUGGGUAUAACAGUGCUAACAUCAGAUUUUUGUUUAACAAGAAAGAGCCAUGUAACCCGAGUGCAAUCAUCAAUUAAGGACAUAAACCAACGAGCCCCAGAAACAUUAGGUAUAGUGGAAGGACCCCAUAUGUCACUAUGAAUCAACUGAAAAGGAUGAGAACUUCUCUUAUUGCUAAUAGGAAAAGGUGCACGGAUAUGUUUUGCCAAUUCACAGAUGUCACAAUGAAAUUCAGAAAUAUCUAAUCCUUGGAACAAAUGAGGAAACAUUAUUUUUAAAAUCCUAAACGAAGGAUGACCAAGACGUAGGUGAUAUAGCCAAAUGGCAUCUUUAUUCGGGGAACUAAGGAAAGAAGAAGGCAAGUUACUCUUAGGUUUUUUAGAUGGUUUAAGGUGGUAAAGACCGUUCCUUUCCUUAGCAAGUCCAAUCCUCCUCCCCGAGUCCUGGUCUUGAAAAACACAAUAAGAAGAGCAAAAAACAGCAUAGCAUUUAAGAUCAUGAGUCAACUUUUGAAUGGAAACAAGGCUUGUUGACAGUUUGGGCACAUGGAGGACAUUUUUAAGGAUAAGGCUAGGUGUGAUAUGUAUAUCUCCAAUUCCUGCAACAGUGGCUAAGGAACCAUUGGCCACAAUAAUUUUUCUAUUACUUGGACAUGGGGUAUAGGUGUGGAAGAGUUGAGAUGUGGGGGUCAUAUGGUUUGUAGCACCGGAGUCCAUGAUCCAAGAGUUGGUACAUAAUUUGUCUAAGACAUUCGUGCACACAGAUUUACCUGAAAGAGCCAUUGAACAUGUUCCAGAAGGCUUCUCAAGAGCCCCCAACAAACUUCUCAAUCUCUCAAUUUCUUCACUAUUGAACCCCUCUAUUGCUGGAUUUUCCUCAAUAUUGGGCUGCUCUACCAUAUGUGCUUGAGGCCUUUGCUACUGCCCCCCACGGUAACCCCACUCUCGGCUUGGAGGUUUACCAUUCAGCUUCCAACACUUAUCCCUUGUAUGCCUAGGUUUCUUGCAAUAAGUACACCAAAGAUUGUCUUUAUUUUCUUUCCCAUGGUUAUCUCUACCAAAGUGUUUAGGCAUAUCAUUCUUUCCCUUAAAGAUGGUUUCAGACAUGACUUAGUGAAGAAAAAUUCACAGCAAUUAAGGCCAGAACAAAACACAGCGAUAAAGGCUGCUUGAAGAAGACUACAAAACCCUAGAAAAAUUCCUAGAGCUCUGAUACCAUGUUAGAUAUUUUGGGAAAAAAUAAUGAGAUUGUGUUAUUGAUCAUCAAAAUAAGAAGCCUAUAUAUAGGCAAUAUAAAACAAACUCGAUAGACUCAAAUCUAAGUAAUCUAAUCUAAUGGAUAUGACCAAAUCUAAAUCUAAAUCUAACAAAUCUAAAACUAAAUAUCUAAAAUAUCUCAACAACAUUAUAACUCAUCUAUUCUUUGACAAUGUGUGAGAUAAAAAAUAGGGUGUGUUUGUUUUAUGUUUUUAGUUUGAGGUGAUUUUUUUUAUAUUAGUUAUGGAAAAUAUAUCUGUAAUAUAAAAAUAAUAUUAUGUUGAACUAUUGAUUUUAUUGAAUGGGUAUAGUAUAUAUUGUAUUUUUUAUAACAUUAAUUAGGAAACAUGUCGAAAAUAUUUUGAUGGAUGAAUUAACUCAUAAUAGGCAUAUUUUUUACAGGGAAUUAUUAAAGUUGAAUAGUAAAAAAAAAAGAACAAAGAAAAUCCAAAUGAACA